CAAGACGAAAGCCAAAAACACAGCAAAUAACAAUCAAAAGCACCGACAAACGACGACCAAAAGCACUAACAAACGACUACGAAAAGCAUUGACAAACGACGACGAAAAGCACCGACAAACUACGAAAAGCACCGACAAACGACGACGAAAAGCACCAACAAACGACGACGAAAAGCACCGACAAACGACGACGAUCAAAAGCACCAACAAACACGACGAAAGCACCGCAAGAACGACAAUAAAAACGCGACGGACAAUUUUAU